UGUUCAAUACUUGUGUAAGCUAUUGAGUCUCAAGAGGAGUUAAAAUGAUUCCAUUUCUCAAAUCAUUUGUCAUAAAAUACUACCGGUUAUAUAGAGAGUAAGAAUAAAGGAUAAAAACUUGCAAGAAUCUAUUCAGAUCGGAGGAUUGAAGCCUAAAUAUCAUCCAACACUUUGCUCUCAGAGGUAUCAUGGUACCUCUCAAAACGACUACUACAUUUCAAAAGAUUUAGAGUUAGAAAAUUCAAAGAAGGAGCAAGAGAACGGCAAAAUAGUUGUUCCCAAAAUAGAUUUGACUUUUAACGGUUCUCAAACAGCCAGGGGUGAAUAUUCCCACUCCUCUUUGAAGACAAUUUUCAAGAACAAGUCGAUUAUCAGCAGACCUAUUAUGUGUAAUUUUUCAAGCGCUUUGUCAAAAAUUGAUCUAAAAGGAAAAUCCAAUUAAAGGAACCUCUCGUAACAAGCCAUGUGAGUUCAAGUUCCCUGGGAGCCCUCCCAAAAGAAAUCAGAGUGGAAGACCGGUGAAUUUCCUUGAAUUAAAAUUCAACAAAAUAGUGAAAGCUAGUACAAAAUAAGCGGAAGAAAGUCAGAUGUGCAUCCAGCACUCAUGCUCAGACCAAAUAAACAGUAUAAGCACUUUAGGAAAUCAACUAGCCGAAAGAAGAAAAAAUUUGAGACUAUUACUUUAGGUAGUCUUCUAACUGGAGUUCAAACAACUAGAACUAAGCCACAGAAUUAUCAGAAAUCCUUUAUUUCACAAGUGAGAAGUUCCAUGGAUGUGAAGGAAGUGAUCAGAUUGCCUUCUAGGAGGAUUCGCAUUUCAAAAUUUAAGCAUUCUCAUCCUCCAAAGUGCAAUCAGUUUUGUCCAAAUAUCUCUAAACCUCCUAGUUCCGUAUCAAAGCGCUUGAAAAUUCAGAUUUCAAAUAACCUCAUUCAAACACAAGCAUUCCCAAAAUAACACUCUUUACAUUUUAAUUC